CGGCCCCCGCCCUGUUCGCCCCGCGCCACCCGCCCGCGCCCCGCCAUGGAGGACCUGGACGCCCUGCUCUCUGACCUGGAGACUACCACCUCGCACAUGCCAAGGUCAGGGGCUCCCAAAGAGCGCCCUGCGGAGCCUCUCACCCCUCCCCCAUCCUAUGGCCACCAGCCACAGACAGGGUCUGGAGAGUCUUCAGGAGCCUCGGGGGACAAGGACCACCUGUACAGCACGGUAUGCAAGCCUCGGUCCCCAAAGCCUGCAGCCCCGGCGGCCCCUCCAUUCUCCUCUUCCAGCGGUGUCUUGGGUACUGGGCUCUGUGAGCUAGAUCGGUUGCUUCAGGAACUUAAUGCCACCCAGUUCAACAUCACAGAUGAAAUCAUGUCUCAGUUCCCAUCUAGCAAGGUGGCUUCAGGAGAGCAGAAGGAGGACCAGUCUGAAGACAAGAAAAGACCCAGCCUCCCUUCCAGCCCGUCUCCUGGCCUCCCAAAGCCUUCUGCCACCUCGGCCACUCUGGAGCUGGAUAGACUGAUGGCCUCACUCUCUGACUUCCGCGUUCAAAACCAUCUUCCAGUCUCUGGGCCAACCCAGCCACCGGUGGCGAGCUCCACAAACGAGGGCUCCCCGUCCCCACCAGAGCCGACUGGCAAGGGCAGCCUAGACACCAUGCUGGGGCUGCUGCAGUCCGACCUCAGCCGCCGGGGUGUUCCCACCCAGGCCAAGGGCCUCUGUGGCUCCUGCAAUAAACCUAUUGCUGGGCAAGUGGUGACGGCUCUGGGCCGCGCCUGGCAUCCCGAGCACUUCGUUUGCGGAGGCUGUUCCACCGCCCUGGGAGGCAGCAGCUUCUUCGAGAAGGAUGGAGCCCCCUUCUGCCCCGAGUGCUACUUUGAGCGCUUCUCGCCUAGAUGUGGCUUCUGCAACCAGCCCAUCCGACACAAGAUGGUGACCGCCUUGGGCACUCACUGGCACCCAGAGCAUUUCUGCUGCGUCAGUUGCGGGGAGCCCUUCGGAGAUGAGGGUUUCCACGAGCGCGAGGGCCGCCCCUACUGCCGCCGGGACUUCCUGCAGCUGUUCGCCCCGCGCUGCCAGGGCUGCCAGGGCCCCAUCCUGGAUAACUACAUCUCGGCGCUCAGCGCGCUCUGGCACCCGGACUGUUUCGUCUGCAGGGAAUGCUUCGCGCCCUUCUCGGGAGGCAGCUUUUUCGAGCACGAGGGCCGCCCGUUGUGCGAGAACCACUUCCACGCACGGCGCGGCUCGCUGUGCGCCACGUGUGGCCUCCCCGUGACCGGCCGCUGCGUGUCGGCCCUGGGUCGCCGCUUCCACCCGGACCACUUCACAUGCACCUUCUGCCUGCGCCCGCUCACCAAGGGCUCCUUCCAGGAGCGCGCCGGCAAGCCCUACUGCCAGCCCUGCUUCCUGAAGCUCUUCGGCUGACAGCCCGCUCGGCUCGCCCCCUCCCCGGGAGGCCGCGCCCUCCCGGAAAAGCCGGGUCCUCCAGACCCCGAGGUCUUGCUCGCAGAGCGUGAGGCCCCACCCACUGGAGAGCCCCGCCCCUAAGGUACUCUGAGUCCUCAGGGGUCAAGUUCAGAAAAGGCCCAGCCACACCUAAACCCACACGCCCACAAAGUGGAUCGCAGACAGAGAGCUCCCGUGCGGGCCUCCACUCUAUUCCCACCCUUGAGGGAGCCCCCUGACUGGGGAAGGGUCCUUGCAAUUCCAGCGAAUCGGAGGCCAGGCCAGGACGUCCUUGCUCCCUGCACCCUCACUGUUCUGUGCACUUUUUCUACCUACAUAAACACACGCAUUCCACAUC